GUGGAACUAGCGCAUCUAGAUGCCCACAAUGAUUUACCAGACUGCAUCAGAGUACUGUUGUCGCCCAAAGUCUGAUGAGGGACUGUGUAUAGCCCAGGAUUAAUUCCAACAAUUUAAACCCAUAUAACUUAUCUCGUCAGUUCCAAUUGUCAGUAACCAGCUUACAAGUUGUAGACCUGAGUGAUUGAACGCCUUUACUUCAAUUAUAGUGUCUGUAAUGGCUAUUGUUGUCUACAGCCUCUCUUCAAGCUUUUGGGUGGCACCAUAAUAAUCGCCUGAUAGUCACGUGGAAGCCCUUCGACUCGUCCUUGCCCCAAACCCACACAUAGCAAACAGCCAACAAACAACACCAACUUCUUCUCCCAGCAUCCGGCAAUCCAGCAGACAAGAUGCCUCCACGCAAGUCCAAGAAGACGUCUGAUACGAUUAAUUCCCGCCUCGCCCUCGUCAUCAAGUCGGGCAAGGUCACCCUCGGAUUCAAGUCCACGCUCAAAUCACUUCGGUCGGGCAAGGCUAAGCUCGUCAUCAUCGCUGGAAAUUGCCCUCCUAUCCGAAAGUCUGAGCUCGAGUACUACGCCAUGCUUUCCAAGUGCCCUGUCCACCACUUCAGUGGAAACAACAUCGAGCUCGGGACGGCGUGCGGAAAGCUCUUCCGCUGCGGCACCAUGGUUGUCCUCGACCCAGGUGACUCUGACAUCCUGAGCCAAGAGACUUAA